AUGACCAGCCAUGGCUUCCCAUUGCCAUUGCAGUGCAAGGUGCAAGCUGUCUUCCCACCGCGACCGAGCGUGGCACCAGAGAUUGUUCCGCAGGCUUGUCGGCCGAGCACCGUCCCAGAGUUCGAUGCAUGGAGCGAGGAGGAGGAGCCGGCGCCUCCAGGAGCCCAGGGAGACUCCGAGGCUCGGCAUUCCCCAGCAGCUCCUACGCCACCUACGAAGCUUGCGCCUCCUGCGCCACGAUGCGUGAUGCCUCCGCGUGCCCCACGCCCACCGCAGGCCCCACCUCCUGCACACUUGGUGGCGGCAGCCAAGGCUGCUGCAGUCAGAGCCGCCAAAGCCAAAGCAGUUCUGCCUUUGCCACCCCCCCCGACGGAGCCAAGUAUGGGUGUGCGCGUGCCCUUCCUCUUGGUGCCCGUCACGUCCGUGGCACCGUGGUCCACGUUCCUGACUCUGCGCCGUGGCGAGGCUGGCAAGGCUCUUCGACUCCAAGCGACAGUGCUGCAGGGCGAUGCUGUGGCAGCUCAGGCCUUCUUCGAAGCCGCCGGGCGUAUGUUGAUCAUACGCCAUCGGGUCCCAUUCCACGAGCUGGGAAAGCAUGUGGCUGCCUCAACCGACUCGCCCAGGAGGAGUCGAACUUUUUGGUGUCAUGAUGUGAGUGCGUCCUCGCACACGCGAAAUGCUUGGCAUCAUGCAUUCGGCUCAAGCAGAGCUUUUCAAGUCGGUGCCACCAUUCACAGAAACUCAAGAACGAAGUUGGAAAACGCCGCAUACGCCGCGUGCGACUCAAAGCUGAACGCCCAAGCGUGCUCCUGCUCUUCCUCCUCCUCCUCUUCCUCCUGCUGCUGCGGCUGCUGCUGCUGCAGCUUUUUUUGCUUGUGCGCGCUCUUCCUGCUGCAGGCCUGCGCCAAGACGUUCGGAUCCGCAAUAAUAUUUGGGGUUUGCCUGCCGCCUGCCAGCAUGUUUUUGCCGUAUAUCUGGGGUUUGCUUACUAGCUUUUUUUGUCAGAGUCAGCAGGUGGGGAGUGGCCACAAUAUCUUCUUGCAGGGUUUGGGUUUGCAAAGAUGUUUUCUUCUUGUCCUUUUCGUGCGAACAAUAUCUCACUGCACGUUUGAGGUUGUAUCCACUGUCAGGGUUUGCGAUUUGCCAGGCGAUGUCAUGUAA